UGUAACCAAAAAAAAAAAUAGUCAAACACAUUUCACCUCCUCUCCUUCCCCAACUCUCCCAUCACUUCCACUCCCACUGCACCGCUCUCCUCCGCCGCACCAUGGCCGCCGCCUCCACCGAGCCCGCCGUAAGUCCAUCAACCACCCGCGUGGGCUGGAUCGGCACCGGAGUCAUGGGCCGGUCCAUGUGCGGCCACCUCCUCAAAGCCGGCUACACUCUCACCAUCUUCAACCGCACCCUAUCCAAGGCUCAGCCGCUUCUCGAUUUGGGCGCCAAACUCGCCGAUUCCCCACGCGCCGUCGCCUCCCAAUCCGACGUCGUCUUCUCCAUCGUCGGCUACCCCUCCGACGUCCGCUCCGUCCUCCUCGACCCCACCUCCGGCGCUCUCUCCGGCCUCCGCCCCGGCGGCGUCCUCGUCGACAUGACCACCUCCGAGCCCUCCCUCGCCGUCGAGAUCUCCCAAUCCGCCGCCGCCAAAUCCUGCUCCUCGAUCGACGCGCCCGUCACCGGCGGAGACGUUGGCGCGAAAAACGGGACUUUAGCGAUUCUGGCGGGCGGCGACGAAGCCGUCGUGGGGAAGCUGAUUCCCCUUUUUGCCCUCAUGGGUAAGGUUAAUUACAUGGGUGCCCCCGGGAAGGGCCAGUUUGCAAAGCUAGCGAACCAGACCAUCAUAUGUUCAACAAUGUUGGGCCUAGUAGAAGGCAUGGUUUUUGCCCACAAGGCUGGGCUUGAUGUGGGCCUGUUCUUGAAGGCAAUCUCGGUCGGGGCGGCCGGGUCCAGGUCGUUGGAUUUGCAUGGAGCUAAGAUUCUGAAGAGGGAUUUCGAGCCGGGAUUCUAUGUGAAUCACUUUGUGAAGGACUUGGGGAUUUGUUUGAAGGAGUGCCAGAACAUGGGGCUGGCUCUGCCGGGGUUGGCUCUGGCUCAGCAGCUUUACUUGUCACUCAAGGCUCAUGGUGAGGGCAAUUUGGGCACCCAAGCGCUCGUUGUGGCUCUGGAGCGCCUCAACAAUGUGUCACUUGAACAACAGUCUGGGUUGACAAAGUAGUAAGAGUUACUACAUGAGUGGGUAUGUGUAUGAAUGUUCAUCAAAUAAGAGUCGAUAUUUGUUAGUUAUUACUGCUGCUUCUAAAUGCGAUGAUGCCUUUGCCUUUGUAUGUUCUGGAAUUGAAUGUUUUACUCAGUUUUAGUAAUGGCUUUUUAAUACCAUUGGGGCAUGUUCCCUUCUUUUUGUA